UGGCGCUGGAGCGAGUUGAAGGAAGUGACGGGGCGAUUGAAUGAAUAAGAGGAGAGCAAAGAAAGGACGGAGCAGGAUCGGAGCCAGGGCAAGGCAGCGCUACAAGCAACCUCCCUCCUCACAGGUUCCAAAGUGGGGGCUGGAUCUCCUCCAGGAGGGGCUCUUUGACUCCCAGGAACAGCCCUUCCAAGAAGGGGGGAAAGUUUGGAAACUUUGGAAAACUUUGGAAAACUUUAGAAACUUGGGAAAAGUUUCCCCCAAGUUUCUUUUCAGUGACUGCUGAGCAAGCAGGGGGCUUUGGAGGAUGGCAAGGCGAGGAAGGGGUCCCUGGGGCUGGCUGCCUCCCCUGCUGCUGGGGCUGCUGCCCAUCUGGGUGCUGGGGGCGCCUCCCUCGGAGCUGCGGGUCCGGGUCCGGCUCCCCGACGGACAGGUGGCCGAGGAGAGCCUCCAGGCGGACAGCGGCGCCGACUGUGUCAGCCUGGAGCUCCGCAAAGGAGACGGCACCCUCCUCACCCUCACCGCCGACUUCAAGCAGGAGGUGAAGAUUUUCCGAGCCCUGAUCCUCGGGGAACUGGAAAGGGGACAGAGCCAGUUCCAAGCCCUCUGCUUUGUCACCAGGCUCCACCGUAAUGAAAUCAUCCCCAGCGAGUCCAUGGUCAAACUCAGGCAGAAAAACCCACGGACGGUGCGCCAGGCUGAAGAGGUGCGAGCAGUAGAACAUCUCAGCAUGGAUGUGGCUGUCAACUUCAGCAAAGGGGCCCAGCUCAGCUCCCACAUCCACAACGUAUGUUCAGAAGCAAAGGAAGCCAUCUACACCCGGGAAGAAGAUGUGAAGUUCUGGCUGGAGAAAGGUGUGGAUGGCUCCAUGUUUGAGGUUUUGCCCCAGUCAGCCGAUCUGCCCGACUUGCAGCGUUGCCGGCUCUGCGCAGAUCGUUGGAAGCCCUGCAUCUGUAGCUAUGCGCUGAGCAUUGAGUGGUAUCCCUGUAUGCUCAAGUACUGCAAGAGCCGUGAUGCAGCUGGGAAGGUCUCCUCCUACAAGUGUGGUAUCCGGAGUUGCCGGAAGGGCUACAGCUUUGACUACUAUGUGCCACAGAAACAGCUUUGCCUUUGGGAUGAAGAGACCUAGCGGGGUGCCUUGGUGGCCAUUUUGGUCCCAUUGACGCUUCCCAUAUACCUUCUUCUACAGGACUCUGGGUUGCGCUACCAGGAUGGCUGCCUGGAAAAGGAAGAAAGGGGUAAGGCCUGGAGAGGGGAAAGUAAACAGGACUCCAUUCUGUGAAGGCUUCGUGUGAGUCUGCUUGUCUCCAUGGCUAUGUAACUGUUACCUCUCCCCAGACUUGUGGACACCAGCUAGAUCUGCCUAUGAUUUUUGUCAAAGGAAGAUGUGACCUGUUAAUGUGAGGGGCUGUGUUCGGUUGUGAACUGAAUGGGCAUUGCUGAGAUCUCAGAGCCAGCCCCAAAUGUCUUCACCAUUGGCCAUUUUGAUCGUCUCAACCAAAAAACCUAAAUGUGACCCACUGCUGCUUCAUUUAAUAAAGAGAACUGAGGAAAGAACAUGGAAGGCCUUCCUCAGAAAAAGACAAUGAGAGGGAGAGAAGGGAGAUUUGGAGUGAGAUGGAUAACACAAUGCCUCUGAGCCCAACGCUGUGUGGGUAUUUCAUCAGCUCUGUGGUUGGAGGGACAGUGAUCUCUAGAUUUAAGUGUAUGAAUUUAAAUAAUGCUCUGAAAUUUAUUCAAAUAACAGAGGGAGACAAUGUGCCAGGACAAAAUGGCUGCUCCUCAACAGAAGUCCAAGGCUCUUGCGCAUCACAGCUGGCAUCAAACUCAAAGCAGAAGUGGGAGAAAGAAGUUUAAGGCUAAACUAUCUAUCCAGAUAAUAUUUUCAGGACGACAACAGAACAACUAGGAUCAGUGUGGGAUGGCUACUUUCCUUGUGCGACUAUUUGUCAGUGUCAACGCCACCAGACCACACAAUAACUGAUGUGUAUUUAUGUGCAUGAAUCCGUCUUGUAGCCACUGCAGGAUUUAAUAGCAGUGCAAAUGGGGCAGGAUAUAUGUAGCACACAGUCUAUGCUCAACUGGAAAAAAAAUUGGGAAUGAAGGCGUGUCACUGAGACCCACCCCUUGAUCCUGAUUGGUGCCCUGGAGCUGGCAAAGGAAGUUGAGUACACCGUUUCAUCAAGGAGCCCUGCCUCUUGCUUCGGAUUGGUCCACCCCAGAAGGCGGGUGUACCAAUCAGGUUCCAGUUUUUUAAUGACAUUAUUUCUAAACCUGCUGACAUUUUAAUCCCAGUGG